GGACUCAAGUUUUCAUCUGGCAGGGAGGACUGGGAUUCAUCUAUUUUUGGUUGACACUGUGUAUAUUUCAUAGCAGGCUGCACACACCAGCAUUUUAAUAGACCAGCAUUAUCUCCAUCAUCAUCUUCUUUAUGACUAUGAGGGAUAAGAAGAUGAGGGAUAAGGGAACGUUAUUCAAAGGACGUCAAGGGAGAUUUCUUCUUAUUUUGUUUGGUUCUCUGUGGCCCAUGACUGAGGCCAUUCAUCCGGAUUGUGCCAUCAUUGCUCAGCACCUGAGGGCCCGCGAGUCUUGCAGCCUGGCAAGAAGACGGGAAGUUCAGAACCAAACAGAGAACAGCGGGUGUAAAACAGAAUGGGACGAGAUCGGAUGCUGGCUGAGAGCCGACGUAGGUCAGGUGGUCAACGUUUCCUGCUCUGACGUCUUUCAGCAUUUCUCCAGCAGCCAAGGUUUUGUUUACAGGAACUGUACAGAUGACGGUUGGUCAGACAUUUAUCCGCCCUAUGAGGAUGUCUGUGCUUUCAGUGACGACAGCGAGCCGGAAUCAGAGACCAGUUACCUCUACACCUUCAGACAGGUCUACACUGUAGGCUACGCCACCUCUCUCAUUUCCCUCAUCACAGCCAUUGUGGUGUUUACAGCGUUCAGGAAGUUCCGCUGCACCAGGAACUACAUCCACAUCAACUUGUUCUCCUCCUUCAUCCUGAGAGCCAGCGCCGUCUUCAUCAAAGACACGGUGCUGUUUUCUGACGAGACGCUGGACCACUGUUCAAUGUCCACUACGGCGUGCAAGUCCGCCGUGGCCUUCUUCCAGUUCAGCAUCCUGGCAAAUUACUUCUGGCUGCUGGUAGAAGGGAUGUAUCUGCAGACCCUCCUGGCUCUGACCUUCGUCUCCCAGAGGAAGUACUUUUGGUGGUACAUCCUAAUUGGAUGGGGGCUCCCGUCAGCUAUUCUCAUACUUUGGGUCCUGACCAGAUUCUUCUAUGAUAACAGAGGUUGCUGGGACGACACAGACAAAGUCGGCAUCUGGUGGAUUAUUAAAGGCCCAAUAACCGCUUCAUUGUUGCUCAACAUUGUCAUCUUCGUCAACGUGAUCCGCAUUCUGGUCCAGAAGCUGAAAUCUUCAGCCAUGUCGGGCAACACUGACACAGGACAUUUUGUAAGGCUGGCUAAAUCCACGCUCUUUCUCAUCCCUUUGUUUGGGAUGCACUACACGGUUUUUGCCUUCCUGCCUGAAAACACGGGAGUAGCAGCUCGACUCUAUAUUGAGCUUGGCCUGGGAUCUUUUCAGGGAUUCGUGGUGGCUCUGCUUUACUGUUUCAUGAAUGGAGAUGUAGGUCCAAAUGGAGCUGCGACGUUGGCUGUGGAAGUGUCACAAUCAAAGUCAUCACACCCCCACCAAGCGAAGUAUUGUUCAGAUCACGACACGAAGCCACGGGGGGCUGCGGCAGCCUCCUUCCACUGGCAACAUCUCCUCCGUAUGAGGCAAUGUCUUUGUGAGCAACGAAUGGAUCUAUUGGACGAUUGGACUGCUGCUACAGAAAGACACACGUGUGUGUAUCGGUACCAGUACUGCUUGAAGGUGGCGCUGUGGAGCCGUGUCAGCAAUGGGAAGGAUAACACAGCGGCGACCUGUGGAAUGACUUACUUAUUAAUGCACUGAGCCGUUCAACCACUUCCUGUCCAGAUGAUGUAUAUUUAACACAGUUUGCACAAUAUAAGAGUAUUACAAAGGUUUUAAAUAAAAUGUAAAGCUAGAAUGAAUAUUUAAAGGUUAAUAUAUAAGAAAAAUAUUUACAUUUUUUUCAAAUAAAUUAUUUCGUUUUGCAGUAAAAAAAAAAGAAAAAAGAAAAAUGCAAUUCUUUUAAUGUAUUUAUU